GCGCCUGCGCAAGCUGUCCGUCAUGGCGGCUUCCUGAGCCCCAUGGCUAGGGUUCCGCGUGGGACUUCAGACCAGUGUCAUGGCGGGUGCAUCCCAGGAAUAGCAUGGGCCCAGCCAUGGACGAGGUCACCUUCAAAAGUGACACUGUGCUGUCAGAUGUCCACCUGUACACCCCCAACCAGAGGCACCUCAUGGUGCGGCUGAAUGGCAUGGGGCAGCCAGUCUUCCUGUCCCAGUUCAAGCUCUUGUGGAGUCGGGACUCUUGGACAGACUCGGGGGCUGAGGACAGUGGUCCCACAGACGUCUCCACAGAGGAGAUGCCCCCUGCUGGGUCAGGAAGUGGCCACAGUCAUGAGGAUUUGUCCCUCCAGGCUGGGGAUGACAACACCAUCCAGGAAGGGUUGAGUGUUCCCCUGGACGAGGAUGGGGACCUGGAUGUGGUACGAAGGCCACGGGCUGCUUCUGAUCCCAACCCGGCAGAGCCCGCAAGAGACAAGGUACACCCCACGAUUCUAGCACAGGAGGAAGAUGACCUCGUGGGAGACCAGGAGUACGAGAGCUGCCCCCACAGCAUCAUCAAAAUAGAGCACACCAUGGCCACGCCCCUGGAGGAUGUAGGCAAGCAGGUGUGGCGGGGUGCCCUACUCCUGGCAGACUAUAUCCUGUUCCGAAGAGACCUCUUCCAGGGAUGCACCGUGCUGGAGCUUGGGGCAGGCACAGGGCUUGCCAGCAUCGUGGCAGCCACGAUGGCACACACCGUUUAUUGUACAGAUGUCGGCACAGACCUCCUGGCCAUGUGCCAACGAAACGUUGCCCUCAACAGCCACCUGACUGCCACUGGAGGUGGCGUGGUUAAGGUCAAGGAGCUGGACUGGCUGAAGGACAACCUCUGCACAGAUCCCAAAGCCCCCUUCAGCUGGUCAGAAGAAGAAAUCGCUGACCUGUAUGACCACACCACUGUGCUGCUUGCAGCCGAAGUGUUCUACGAUGAUGACUUAACCAACGCUCUGUUUAACACACUUUCCCGACUGGUCCACAGACUGAAAAAUGCCUGCACCGCCAUCUUCUCAGUGGAAAAAAGGUUCAACUUCACACUGAGACACUUGGACGUCACGUGUGAAGCCUACGAUCACUUCCGUGCCUCCCUGGACUCAUUGGAGAAGCUGGCCGAUGGCAGGCUGCGCUUCAUGGUGGAGCCUGUGGAGGCCUCCUUCCCGCAGCUGCUCGUCUAUGAACGCAUCCGGCAGCUGGUAGAUGCAGCCCCGUGAGGGUGGUGGGAAGCAAGGCACUGGACAUGUCACACACCUACUGUGUGCUGGGUUGUGGCUCUCUGCUCAUCUCCCUCCCCUCACUUAGUCUCUUUAGGCUCUAUUGUCAGGCUCGGCCAGCCUACUGUCCAUCCAUGGUCUGCCCGGGAGACAGAGACGCUGCAGGCCUAACACUGUGAUCCCUGAGCCGGCUUAACCUGGUCUCAGCAGUCACAAGGCCACAGCAGCUCUGUGGCUAAGUCUCAGGUUCUCUAUGGGCAGUUAAGACACCAGAGGAAACUGGGACGGGAGGAGAGGCGCCAGUUACUCUCCUCCUUACUGAAGUGACAUCACAGUUUUGAGGCCAUCCCCUCACAGCAGGGAACUCCAGGAGCUAGAAUCUUGCAUCUGCAGUCAAAGCAGAUGGAUGGUGCUGCUCAGCUUGCUUUCUCCUUUGUAUUAAAUCAGUGGCCAGCCCUCAGGACAGCGCCACCCACGUGCAAGAUGAGCCUUCCCACCUUAAUUUACCAGUCUAGAAACUCCGCCACAGACACGCACAAAGGUUGUCUCUCAAUGAUUCCAGAUCCUGUCAGUUUGGCAGUUUUAACCAUGGUGCUAAUGGGCAUGUUUGCUCUAAGGAGGCUGACCCUCUGGCCAAGCACGAAGGCUCGUACUAGGCUCUUGGCAAUCCAGCAGCAGUUGUCGCCAGCAUGUGGCAGUGCUCCACACCUCUGUCCAUUGUCUUAGCACACCCAGCCAGGAACUGGCAAAUCUGGGACACACAGCAUCUUAGAGCCAAGGCACCUGCUAUUCCAGCUGCUAAACCCAGCACUUAGAGUACAUUUGAAAACCCAAAAUUACCUUGAAAAUGACCAGGAGCUGGAUUCACAGAAGUCCAUCUGGCAUCUUUGUUCUCUUUGCCUCUUGGCUAUGGAGAUGAGGCCUCGUUCUCAGGAGAGGGGAAGACAGUGCCAGGAAGGCCAGCUUUCUCACGCUCCUUCCUGUGUUCCUUCUUAGGAAGUGGAGCACUGCAGACCGCAUAAGGCCCCCAAAUAGCAAAACUGGCCACCUGCUACCAUUCCUUUAGUCCCUUGUGACAAUGUAACAAACCAAUAUCCUAUGGCUAGUUCCAGACUUGGUCUACCCAGCCACUGUGCCACCAUAUAAUGGCCAGAUUCUCAAAGACAGGAAGGACUCGCUCUGGCCCUGGCCCUGCCCUGGUGUCAUGUAGCUCUGCUUUGUGAAACCUCAGAAGUUUUUAUCUCUGUGUGUUACAGGAGCUCUGGAAGAUAGUUGUGGAACCAGCAGCGUGAGUCGCCUCUGUGACCUCUUGACUAAUAUUUUAACGCAUUUCGAAUAAAGACAAACCCUCAGCCA